CCAGUCCUGCCCGCCCGAUCCUCCCCCCGAAACCUCGCCCAUUACAAACUCUCUACAGCAAAAAGGACAACAUAGGACAAUCUUGUCCACGCUGCACCCUCAGCAAUGGCGAACCCUGGCGAGAGCUCGUCGGUCGACGCCCCGCCCGCAGACGUCCGCAGCGAGAUCAAGAAGCCUAAGAAGAAGAAGGUCUUGCUGAUGGGCAAGUCAGGCUCGGGAAAGUCCAGCAUGAGGAGCAUCAUCUUCAGUAACUACAUUGCCCGUGACACUAGACGAUUAGGAGCUACCAUUGACAUCGACCUUUCGCACGUCAAGUUCCUCGGCAACCUGACGCUGAAUCUAUGGGACUGCGGUGGCCAAGAAGCCUUUAUGGAAAACUACCUGUCGCAACAGCGAGUCCACGUCUUCUCCAACGUCGGCGUCCUCAUUUACGUCUUCGACAUCGAGUCUCGUGACGUGGACCGUGAUCUAGCCACAUACGUCUCCAUCGUUUCCGCCCUCCUCCAAUACUCCUCCUCAGCCAAGAUAUACAUCCUCAUACACAAGAUGGACCUGGUGGUCCCUACGGCUCGUGAGUCCGUCUACGACGAGCGCGUGCGCCUGAUCCGCCAAAAGACAGCAGAGUACGUCACCUCUGUGGGCGGCGACUUGAGCACCUCUGAUCUCACCCCGUUUGCAACGUCCAUCUGGGACCAGAGUCUCUACAAGGCCUGGGCGUCCAUCAUCCACGAUUUGGUGCCCAAUCUUUCGGUUAUUGAGCGGAACUUGGCCAAUCUCGGAAUGGCAAUCGAGGCAGAGGAGAUCUUGCUCUUUGAGCGCACCUCGUUUUUGGCAGUGUCAUCAUGGACUUCGGCAGAGGGCCUGCGAAACCCGACUGAGGAUCGACUAGAGCGCAUGUCCAACAUUAUGAAACAUUUCAAGCAGAGCAUAUCCCGCUUCACAGGAACACCGCGCAACGCUGAGCAGUUUGUGCGAAUGGAGCACAAGGCAGGCAUGCGUUUCAGUUUGUUCAUCUUGAAAUUCACCACCAAUACCUAUUUGAUGGUGGUCCUGCCUCCGGGUGAGGCUCGUUUCAACGCUGCCAUGCUCAACUGCCAGAUUGCCAUUGAGCACUUCAAGUUCUUGGAUGCUCCAGCACUGCCCCCAGCCCAGGCUUCGGCGUAAACCAGGCUGCUAAAACCUUUAUAACAACAAUAACAAUCACCGAGGCGUCUAGGCGUUAGAAUACCAUGAUUUAUAGUUUAGAGAUAUCACAUCUCACAAAGUAAAGUUGGUAAAUUACUUGUAUAUUUUUAUGGGCAACGGUUCAUCCUUUUCGUCGUAUUCAAUUCUAGUAGCAUCUAUCUGAUGCAGUCAUACUUUUACAGUCAUUCAGCGUGCUUGCAUCCAUCCGGUGCAAUUCUUUCUAAACUACUCCUUAUUUUUGGCUCAAGUCCACUUAACCACAGCGGUUCCUCCUUUCUUAAAUUCAGGCAUCUCGCUGAGGACCAAGCUUUCAUCGCUGUGUUGCUUGUUUGGGAAUGUCGUAGCCAGCACCCACGAACGAUCCCUAGUUUCCGCCGACGCAUUGCGAACAAAUGCAUAUACAUCUCCAACAGUGUUCGUCGUGUUAAAGCGAGCCGGAAGUCUUGUUCCAUCAGGAAGUUGGAUUCUGAUAGUAACAGUGGGCUGCGAUUCGUCGACGUUCGGGGUCGUAGUCGACGCUGGGGCCGUAGUAGAAGCAGACGGUUGAGGAGUCGAUGUGCCACUUCCUGGAACAUGGCUACCCAGGCGGUUUCCAGCACCUGAGAAGGGCUUGUAUUUCUUAGGAGGUGGGGUGAAUGGCUCAUCAUGCGGCUGCACCUUCAGGUCGACAGCCUGAUCGUGCCGGACAUUCAUCAGAUGAAGGGGCGCUCGGCCUGAUCGGAUCAUGCGAAGAUCCUCCUGGUUAGCAGGAUCGUCGAAUCGUCGGAGUUCGCCAUCGUCAAUGCUGAAUCCAUCUUGCCAGAGGUGCAAAAUUCUUUCCUGCGGUUCUCCGUGGCUAGGUAGAUGCGCCAAAGGAUCUGGUAUGCUACGGCUCUCAACACCAUCACCUCCUAGAGUCAUACCAGUUCCACGGAAUCGGUCGGGUUGAGGUUCGCUAUCACCAUCCGCGUCAGGUCUGGCUGUGUUUCUAUCAGGCAAGUCAGUGCGACCGUUUUCUUUCGUCAUUGGAGUAUAGGGCUUACGCGUUAGCUCUAGCGAGAAUGUCAUCGAUGACCUUCUUAGGGCGACUAUCUUGAGUAGGAUCUUGGACGGCUAGUCCAGAUUUCUCGCCUCCAGCAAACAGGUUGCCUCGACCUUCGUCUUCGUAAUCAGAGUCCGAAUCGUCGUCGUCAUCGUGGCUAGAGUGGGCAUGGCUAGAGCUAGCCAUGGAUCCCAAUGUGGCGAUGCCCUUCUUCUUCUGCCGGGAAGAGGAGCUUGGUGCCGCCCUUCUGGCAGUAUCGGGAGCAGGUCGGCCGUCUAGCGUUCUGGGCCCGGUGUAUGCAUCAGC